AUGAGCGCGACUGCCGGGGGCUUGCCCCGACAGGCGGGCGUCUGCACCGGAGAGCGUAAGAGCGCGAGCAAACUUAUGAUGUGCGCGACGGCCGUGGCCGAGCCGCCUGACGACCAGGUCGUGGAUCUGCUGGAGGCGCUGCCAGACGGUGAACGGCAGUGCUACACGGACGAGCGGGGCGUCCUCGACAACAGCGGCAAGUCGGGGGCCAUUUUCGAGGAGCUGGAGGAGCGUUUCGCGUUCGUGGGGGGCUCGACGUCGGAGUGCGCCCGCUACCUGAUGCGGGGCGACCUGCCGAAGGAUACGUGGACGCUCGAGACCCCCCGCCGCGGGGGCCACGGGAUGCACGGCGGGGCGGCGAUGGCCUCCAUGCGCGCCCCGACGGACGAGUGGGGCGCGGCGUCCUUCGACGAGGACACUGCCUUCACCCGCCCCCGGGCGCCCGCCUGGAUGGCCAAGUGGCAGGCGUGCCCGCCGCUGCGAGCCUGCUGGGUGUGGGGGGAGCUGGGCCAGCGGAUCCGCGACCUGGUGGCGCCUGCAGGCUGGGUGGCACCGCGCUACCACCGGCUGGCCAUGGGGGACUCGCACUCCGUGCAUCUGCUGAGGACGGUGAAUGCGGCGAUCAUCGGCAGGGCGCUGCUGGGCGUGGGGGCGCGCUUGGCGGCGCCCAAGGGUGCCGCGGCACCCGCCGACGCCGCUGCUGACGGCGCGCCGCGCGCCUCGCCGCCCGAGGGCGGGGGGCUGGAGGGCGUGGCGAGAGCGGGGGGGGCGCCGGAGCGCGGGCAGCGGCGCCGCUACGACGACGACUGGAUCAUGCAGCAGUCAAGCUGCCGCGCGGAGCCGCCGAGCCUGGGCGGCUACAGCGUGGCCGACUGGAUCGAGGCUGUGAAG